AUGCGCAAAUGUAAGCCUUACGAUGAUGUUGCCUGGGCAGUAAGCACCCAGAUCUGGGAGGACUGGCCAGAACUUCUUCGCACUAAUGGGGACAUCUACAAUGAUAUUGGAAUCAUCCUUUCCGAAGAAUUCAGCGAUCUUGAGUGUGCCCUCUUCGAAUUUCUCAACACAGGCGGUUUUAAUACCUGUUUUAAGAUGAAGUUCACCAAUAAUUGUUGCGCUGUUAUACGGUUCCCACUGCCCGGCGCUAUCAUGUUUCCUAAAGAAAAAAUCCGCAAUGAGGUCUCUAUCAUGCAAUUUCUCUUGGAAAAAUCUUCAGAUGAAACCCUUAUUCCGGUGCCUACCAUCUUCCGCUGGGGAGAGACAAAAGAGAGUCCCUCAGACUUAGGUCCUUUCAUCAUCAUGAACUAUAUUCACCACAAGGGAAGUAUGGGUGAUCUUCUUGAGAUGCCAGGACGCCAAGGAGGCCAACGUCCGGUACUUAAUCCGGACCUCAAGCCGGCUAGGCUAGAAUCUCUCUAUAGAAAACUAGCCUAUAUUGUCCUUUCCUUGUCUAUACUCUCAUUGAACCGAAUUGGAUCCCUUGACAGAAAUGAUGAUUCUACGUGGGAAGUGUUACACCGGCCCCUAUCCUAUUCAAUGAACGAAAUUGUGCAGCUGGGGACGCUACCCCGAUCGAAACUACCGAUUAACACGUACGACAAUGCGUCGUCGUACUUUGAAGCCCUAGCGGACCUACACAUCUCACACCUCAUAAGCCAAAGGAAUGAGGCGGACGUCGAGGCGGAUGUCGAAGCGGAUGUCGAAGCGGAUGACAUCCGGCGCAAAUUUGUGGCUAGAUUUCUCUUUCGGAGACUUGUCCGAGACCAGGAGCAGAGGAAGCAAUGGAUUUUCCAUGAUAAUGGUCCGUUUCCAGUUUGGUGUGACGAUUUUCGACCCGAAAAUGUUCUAGUUGAUGAAGUUGAAAGCAUCACUGGAGUGGUGGAUUGGGAGUUUACAUAUACCGCCCCAGUCGAAUUUUCUCAUGCACCACCUUGGUGGCUUCUUCUCAAAAAGCCGGAAGACUGGCCUAAAGGCCUCGAUGACUGGUGUAUUGAGUAUGAAAAACCGCUUCAGACUUUUCUUGAGGCAAUGCGGAAAUGCGAAGAUGAGGCAAUCCAGGAUAGACGGCUAGUGGAAGGCCAGCGGCUAUCAAGUCGGAUGCGGGAUAGUUGGCAGAGCGGAGACUUUUGGAUCAUGUACGCUGCAAGGAACAAUUUUGCCUUUGACGCAAUAUAUUGGAAAAAGAUUGAUCAGCGAUUCUUCGGACCUGCCAUAUAUGAAGACGACAAUAUUUGCGAUGUAUGGCGCAAGAGACUUCAUCUCUUGGAAUCUGGAGAGAAGGAGCUCAUGGAGGAAUAUGUGAAUCUGAAGCUCAAAGAGAGGAACACAUUUCGUCUUGCUUGGGACCCUGAUGAGUACACCGUGGGGUGGAUCAAAAGGAUGAGGGAGAUAAAGAGGAAGGAGGAGGGGGAGGAGGGAGAGGGCGGAGGAAAUGUAUGCUAA